GGAGUUAAAAGGCCAGGGCCACUUAGAAGGGAAAAGGGUAGGAGUCACUGAAGCAGGGAAGGGGGAGAGUUUGACUCCCUAACUAAGAGACACUGGGGAAGGACUUGACCUCCCAAUAUCCAAGGAACCUAAGAACCUGAGCCUAUUGAUUAAGGGUGGGGCUGCAGAACUGAGCCCCCCAAAAGCAGGGACUCUUCCGGAAACCUAGCACCAAAACCAGUUGGGAGGGCCUCUCCUCCAAAGGGAUCCACACCUGAGCACCCCAAUAGGUGCUUUCACCUAUCUCUACCCACUGCCCCAGCCUCCAGGGGAGGCUGAGCAGCCUCAGGGGGCCGUGGACCCCGGAGUUCUGAGCACCCAGCGCCCUCCGCCCCCUGUCCCCCCUGCUGAUGGCCGACGACCCACCGGGAGCUUCCGAGAAGGGAGAGAUGGCUCCUGGGACACGUGUGAGCCCUCGGCGUUGCUGACGCCCCCAAUGUCGUCCAGCGGCCGGGGGCCGGGGGCCGGAGCGCGCAGACGCCGAACCCGCUGCCGGCGCUGCCGGGCCUGUGUACGCACUGAGUGCGGGGACUGCCACUUCUGCCGGGACAUGAAGAAAUUUGGGGGUCCGGGGCGAAUGAAGCAGUCCUGUCUGCUCCGCCAGUGUACUGCUCCUGUGCUGCCCCACACAGCUGUGUGUUUGCUGUGUGGAGAGGCAGGAAAGGAAGACACAGUGGAGGGAGAGGAGGAGAAAUUUGCUCUGAGCCUCAUGGAGUGUACGAUCUGCAAUGAGAUUGUCCACCCAGGCUGUCUCAAGAUGGGAAAGGCCGAGGGUGUCAUCAACACUGAGAUCCCAAACUGCUGGGAAUGUCCUCGAUGUACCCAGGAAGGCAGGACCAGCAAGGAUUCCGGGGAGGGGCCUGGACGCAGAAGAGCUGACAAUGGGGAGGAGGGGCCAGGGCUGGGAAGUGGCUGGAAGCUAACCGAGGAGCUACCACCACCCCUCCCCCGACGAAAAGGCCCCCUUCCUCCAGGGGCUCCCCCAGAGGAUGGCCCUGGACCUCACAAGCGGAAAGAUAGAGAGGUGGGGAAUGAACCCCCCACACCUAGAAAGAAGAUAAAAGGAGGAAGAGAGAAGCACCUGAAGAAGAAACCAAAGCCUCCUUCAGCAUCUCCUGAGGGCCCAGCAGCCCCAGCCCCUUCCCCCCAGCGGGAAAAGCUGGAGCGUUUCAAGCGGAUGUGCCAGUUGCUUGAACGGGUGCCAGAUACUUCAUCGUCUUCCUCAGACUCAGACUCAGAUUCAGACUCAUCAGCUACAUCCCUCAGUGAGGAUGAAGCCCCUGGGGAGGCCCGAAAUGGGCGACGGCCCCCACGGGGCAACUCUGGGGAGAAGGAAAAUAGGGGUGGCCGUCGGGCCUGGCGGCCUGGGAGUGGGGGUCCUCUGCUGAGCUGGCCCUUGGGUCCUGCACCCCCACCCCGCCCCCCACAGCUUGAACGACAUGUGGUGAGACCACCACCAAGGAGCCCAGAGCCUGAUACUUUGCCAUUGGUAGCGGGGCCUGACCACCCUCUACCCCGGGCUGCCUGGCUUAGAGUCUUCCAGCACCUUGGGCCUAGAGAAUUGUGCAUCUGCAUGAGGGUCUGCCGGACCUGGAGCCGAUGGUGCUAUGACAAGCGUCUGUGGCCUCGAAUGGACCUGAGCCGAAGGAAAUCACUAACCCCACCAAUGCUGAGUGGUGUGGUCAGGCGGCAACCCCGGGCCCUGGAUCUCAGCUGGACAGGAGUUUCCAAGAAGCAGCUCAUGUGGCUCCUGAACAGGCUGCAAGGCUUGCAGGAGCUGGUGCUGUCGGGCUGCUCUUGGCUCUCAGUCUCAGCACUGGGCUCAGCCCCAUUGCCUGCACUGCGGCUUUUGGACCUUCGUUGGAUUGAGGAUGUUAAGGACUCCCAGCUCAGGGAGCUACUGUUGCCUCCACCCGACACCAAACCAGGCCAAACGGAGAGCAGGGGACGGCUGCAGGGGGUGGCUGAGCUGCGCCUGGCUGGCCUGGAGCUGACAGAUGCCUCCCUCCGCCUUCUCCUACGCCAUGCUCCCCAGCUCAGUGCCCUUGACCUCAGCCACUGCGCCCAUGUUGGGGAUCCCAGUGUCCACCUCCUCACAGCCCCCACCUCCCCGCUCCGGGAGACCCUUGUCCACCUCAACCUAGCGGGUUGCCACCGACUCACGGAUCACUGCCUCCCGCUCUUCCGACGAUGCCCCAGACUUCGACGCCUGGACCUUCGCUCCUGUCGACAACUCUCACCUGAAGCCUGUGCCAGGCUGGCAGCUGCAGGCCCCCCUGGUCCCUUCCGAUGCCCUGAGGAGAAGCUGCUGCUCAAGGACAGCUAGUGGGGUGCCCCCCAACCUCCCCCAGGACUUGCAAGCCCUUAUCUUGGGGCCCUUUCCCCAACUUCCCAAUACAUCACCCAGGGGCUGGGUCUCUACUUUCUGACUUGAUUCUCCCACAUAGAGACUCAAGAACAACCCCCACCCCCUGCACUGAUAUAUCCCUGGGGGUUAAUGUCUUCCCCUUCCUUGCC